AUGACGACGAUGAUGGACGCUCGCGGCAGCAGCAGUGGUGGUGGUGGCGGUGGUGGUGCUGGGUUGGACUUGUGCGUCGUGGUGGAGGCGCAGCUGGGCGUGUUUCCAUCCAUGAAAGCGGUGCUUGAGCGCCGUGCUUUGGAGGUGCAUGGCCAGUGGUGCUUGAGUCGCCUCGACGGUUUGCACGCCGCAGUUUGCUGGGUCGUUGGCGGCCAUGCAAAGCAAGGCAACAAUGACCAUGGGGACGAUAACGAUGCUGCUGCUGAUGCUGGUGAUGGUGGCGAUGUUGACGGUGGUGAUGCCGAUGCUGGUGUUGGUGGUAUUCGUGGUGACGAAAAUGACGACCAUUGUGGUGGUGCCGUGGGCGACGGGCCUCGAGACACCAACAGUGAGGAGCUUCAGAGUAGCGACAAAGCGUUGAGCACGGCGAUGAGGCGUGCCAGAGAACUGGUUGACUUGGCCCACGAGAAGCUCUACGAGUGGCACUGGAAGGAUGUGCCGAUUCAGUGGCGCGAGUUGUACCACGUUUGCUCGCACCUGUUGGCGCUCCUGACGCUGCUGUGCACAACCAACGGCAAAGCACACCAGCACAACCAAAGCUUACCAGGCCAAGGAGGAGACGAAGAAAGAGAAGCACGGGCGGAUGCAGUGCCGUCGGGAAGCGACACAAGGGCGGCUCUCGAUCGGACGAAGGACAGCGGUGACCUCGCCACCAAGCGCCACAAAUCGCUGCUGGCGGGUGGACUGCGCGUGCGCACGGAGGAUAUUGGGGGUCUGCGCAAGGCCCUGCAUAUGAUGGACAAGGGGAUCAUGAUGGGCAGCGCGCUGCAGCUAGCAGGACAGCAACAACAACGCUGGGAUCUGUUUCGUCUAGCACGUGUGACGCACGCGGCCUUGAUGGAGCAGCUCAGCCCAUUCACACAACGCAGCAGCCCACGCAGUGUCAGUCGGGUGGAAGAUGCGUUUUGCGAGGUACCGCGCGUUGCGCUUCCCUCAUUGACCGCCUUUCAGCGCAUCAUGGACGCGGGCGAGCCUGUCAUCAUCACGGGUGCCAUGGACCACUGGCCGGCCACGAAGCGCUGGCACUGUCUCGACGACUUGCUGCCUGUAGCUGGGGAGCGGCUUGUGCCGGUUGAGGUUGGCUCGACAUACUUGCAUGAGGAAUGGUCACAGCGUAUGAUGACGCUCCGGGAAUUUGUCAUGGCGUACCGGACGGGGUAUCUGGCGCAGCAUCCAUUGUUUGAGCAGAUACCGGAGCUGGCAGCGUAUGUAGUCACGCCCGACUACUGCCAUAUGGGCGAACUUGUGCAAGUGAAUGCGUGGCUUGGGUCCCGCGGUACGGUUUCACCGGCACACCAGGACCCACACCACAACCUCCUCUGCCAGGUGAUUGGCGCGAAGCGGUUGCAUCUGUACUCGACGGAUCAGACACCGCUGUUGUAUCCGCACGAGGAAGGCAUGCACACCAACUCCAGUCGGGUCGACAUUGAAGCCCCAGACCUCGCCCGCUUUCCCCAAUUCGCGGCCGCGGUGCCAAAGCGCUGCGUGCUGCGGGCAGGGGAAAUACUGUACAUCCCGCCAAAGUACUGGCACCACGUGCGCUCCCUCACAGAGAGCCUCUCCGUCAGCUAUUGGUGGCGUUGACACGACCGUGCGCGCGCACGUGUGUGUGUGUGCAGUGACGAUGCGAAGCCGUUUGGUGGGCCCGAGUGCUCUUUCAUGGUUGUUCAUGUCUUGUAUGAUUUGUUGUUCACAUGUACGACAAGGAGAGAUGUACGAGGUAAAAUGAACGUGCCAUAACAG